GCGCGCUCUCGACCAACCUGAGGGGGCCGAGACCCAGGCGAGUGCGGAAAAGGACUGCUGGCCCCGCCCCUCGGUCUCUACCCUUUGGAGGCCAGCGUUUCCCGCUCUGAGUGCUCCUGUGCGGCCGCCACCCGGGGUUCCUUCAGGCUCCUGGUUUCCCUACCAAACACGAGGAAUCCGGGGAGGAAAAGCAGAGCCUGGGUGCCAAUAACGCACACCUGCCGCGUCUCUUCCAGCCCAAGAUCGUCCCGGCAGGGAUGGGCGUCAAGACCUGGCUGCCCUUCCUGGUGCUUCUCCUGGCUAUUCUGUACCCAGUGCUGCUGCCGGUGGCUGCCACCUUCACGCCCUCCUUAGACAGCGACUUCACGUUUACCCUUCCGGCCGGCCAGAAGGAGUGUUUCUACCAGCCCAUGCCCCUGAAGGCCUCGCUGGAGAUUGAGUACCAAGUUUUAGAUGGAGCAGGAUUAGAUAUUGAUUUCCAUCUUGCCUCUCCAGAAGGAAGAACCUUAGUUUUUGGACAAAGAAAAUCAGAUGGAGUUCACACGAUAGAGACUGAAGAUGGUGACUACAUGUUUUGCUUUGAUAAUACAUUCAGCACCAUUUCUGAGAAGGUGAUUUUCUUUGAAUUAAUCCUGGAUAAUAUGGGAGAACAGGUACAAGAACAAGAAGACUGGAAGAAAUAUAUUACUGGUACAGACAUGUUGGAUAUGAAACUGGAAGAUAUCCUGGAAUCCAUCAACAGUAUCAAGGCCAGACUAAGCAAAAGUGGUCACAUCCAGACUCUGCUUAGAGCAUUUGAAGCUCGUGAUCGAAAUAUCCAAGAAAGCAACUUUGAUAGAGUCAAUUUCUGGUCUAUGGUUAACUUAGUGGUAAUGGUGGUAGUGUCAGCCAUUCAAGUUUAUAUGCUGAAGAGUCUAUUUGAAGAUAAGAGGAAAAGUAGAACUUAAACUUUAGACUAUUUAACAUAACGGAGAGAUGGAAACAUGUAAUACACUUACAGUUAAAGCCAAGACCAUUAAUAGUCUUUUCAAAACAUGUUUUCAGGUAUUACCACAAGUGUGAAUCAAGUAUAAUUUUAAUGUGAAAGUAAAGUGUUGACUUUCAUCAUUGCAGGUAGUCUUAUUGCUUCAGUUGUACUUAAGUAUGUAACAAAUAUUUUGCAGAAUACAGGUAUAAUUGAAUGAAGCCAUAUUAAUAACAUUUUCUAAGUUUGAAAAAAUUUUGCAGAUGUCAUAGGUGAUUUAAAUAAAUGAGCUUUGGGCCCAAAUGCAACACCAAACAAUGUUUUUAAAAGAUUCUCUUACCUAGAAGUUUCUUUAUAAAUGUGGCAAUUAUAAAGUAAUUGUAAGUUUCCUGUGUAAUAAGUUAUAAAUCAUCUGAGAAUUACCUAAUCAUAGGUUGGAAUAAUCUUUAGAAGACAAAAACCCAACUUUUCUUUUUAUAUAUGUAUAUAGAGACAUAACUGUGAAAAAGAUUUGUGAGACUUUUAUAACCAAAUAUAUUUCAAUCUAAAAUAUUAACAGAAAGUAUUAUAGACUUAGCUUAACAUUCCCCAAAAGCCAAUAUUUUCAUAAUUCUUAAAAUGCUCAGUCAUUAUUAAAAUUUGGAAAAAUUUUCUCUUUGAAAUGAAAUAGUUCAGUCUCCAUAGGGACAAAUUUUUGUCUAGUCCUUAACAAAGAUCUAGAAUUUUGAAAUUAAAUGUGAGGGAAAAUAAUUUUAUAUUAUGUGUCAGCAGGGUUAUGUUAAUUUUAACAUGAUUACCUACUUAGAUAAUACAUUACCAACAGUUGUGAAGGAAAAUAUUGCUUUAAAAAUCUGGGCCUAAUAUAAAUAAAGAUCUCCUUUUCUGAGUUCUUAAAAUUAAUGACAACAACUAACAACUAACAAAAUCUAUGAAGAAUAAUUUAGGUAAGCUUGAGAACAUAGGAUCAAAAUUAAGUUCACUUAAAUAAAAUGUAAAUAUCUAGAAUCUGAUUGAUUCAUUAAUGACCCAAUCCUUGAUAAUAAUCAUGAGACUAAAUUCCAGUUAGCUGAGGAAACUAUAUUUGGCCAUGGCUUUUAUUUUUUACAGUUAUUUUAUUGUUUUGAAUUUUAGAAGUAUUCAGGUACAUUUUAUGAAACAAACUCUACUGUCAGAUUUAGCACUGGGUAUACAUAUAACAACUUUUAUUAUAACUUUCAUUAAAUGACUUUUCUGAUAACUCUAUUUAUCGACAUUCAAGUAAGGAUUGGAAGCCUACAGAAUUCCACAUUAAAGUUGAUAUGUGAGUAACUUGACAUAGUCUCUGAUAUCCUUGCUUAUUGGGAUCUAUGGAAUCUUAAUCAUAUACUAGUAAUUUAGCUAUAUUAAGUAGAAUUUUUAGGUUUUACUGAUUUGUAAUAGUGGUUAAGAUAAAUAGGAGUUAGAAACAAUCAAGUUACAAGUUUGAAUAUAGCACCCCUCUGUACAUUAGUACUGCUCAAAUUCUUAAUAAGCAAUGAUAUCAAGGGAAUGGUUUAUUAAUUUACGGUCAGAAUGGUACAAUGGUAAAGAUUUAUUUCCCUCCUUCUUAUGCCUCUUGGAGAACAAAGGUUAGAUAUCCCUACUCUGAAGCUUUUAAAAAUGAGGAUUGAUUACCUUAACUGACCCAAGAAAAUGCUUUUAAGUGUCCAGGAAUAGCACCUGAAACACAUGCAAAACAAAGGCCAACAAUUGCCUAUAAAGUCCCAUUACCCUCUUCUGUUAAAUUCAUAAUGAGAAGCAAACUUACCAUACUAUAUCUAAGAAAACAGUUCAGAUAUAAACUACUGCAUCUUUUCUACAAAACUGUGAUAAGAAAUCUACCUCUGGCUGGCUACUGUACUGUACUGAUUCCUUACCUAACAAUGAAUUUGUUACAUCAUCUACGUAUGAUUCAUGCCACUGAUUUUAAACCUGUGAUUCAGUAACUUCUUACCUUAUAAUGGCCUUAUUUGGAAAACAAAGAAUUUAGGAAUAUUGAGGACAGUUUUAUUUUUAUAGGCACAAAAUGAAGAGUAGGAUUAAGAAUGUUACUUGUAUUAACCAAAAAAAGCAUAAUUAGUGAACAAAGAACUAAAUUCCUUAAUAUUUCUAAAGGCAUAUAGAUUAUCUGCCUCAUGUGGUUUUUUAAAUGUCAGUAUUAAAUUUUGAAAUUAAAAUUAUGCUAAAAUUAAGCUAUCACAUAAUGGCUGAUUUUGUCUUUGGGGUUUAGUUACAUAAACUCUUAAAAUACUGCAAUAUUUAAGGCCUAGAAUUUUAUUCUAAUUUGCAUUUGGGUCAUUAAUGAUAUGCUAUUCUUUCAUGUGAAUGUCAGGGUAUAGAAGGUGAAUAAGUGGUUGAAAUAGCAAGGAAAUAAAAUUACAAAUUGAAAUGUAAUUUUAAGUAUGUUUAUCCUUCUUAAGCAUUGUUAUUAUAUCUUAAAAUUAACAAAAAUUGAGUACCUGUAAUUGUGUGCCUCCCCAAAUAAAAAUUCUUUAUCUGAAGUUAAAAAAAAUUCAGCAUGUAAUAGCUUUUCAUCUGAAGUGUAAUACAUAAUGUUGCUCAAAUUGCUUUAUAGUCAUGAACAGCCUUAUUAAAAGAGCAAUGAAUACUAUACUGAAAAUAUAUAAUAAAAAUUACAAUCAAAAAAAAUUUUACUUA